AUGUCGGCUAAUAAAAAGGAUUUAUUGUUACUUUUUGAGCGUCCACAAGAACCGGUUUUUAUGAAAAAGGGUGAAGACAAUGCUGUUUUUGAUGUUCCAGAAAAAUUUCUAACUAAAAGGCAUCAAUCAAUUGGACCAGGAUUAUUGGAGCGUCUAAGCGAAGACGCAGGUCGGCGUAUUCAAGUUAAAGACAUUGAUUUACCAGACUUAACAGAGCAGAUGAGUUUAGGACGUUAUGAACAAUUUUCACUUUUUAUUCCAUUUCAUCGAGCUUUAGCCGGAUCUCUAAUUGACAUAUUUAUGGGAGCAAAAUCAAUUGAAGAACUUCUAAGCAUUGCUGUAUAUUCUCGAGAUAGACUCAAUCCCUAUUUAUUUAACUAUGCUUUUUCAGUUGCUUUAAUGCACAGACCAGAUACCAAAUAUUUAAAAAUUCCAUCUCUAGCUGAAAUAUUUCCAGAAAAAUUUAUUGCAUCAAAAGCAUUUGCCAGAAUACGUGAAGAACUUGCUGUAAUACCAGAAAGUUCAAGAACACCAGUUGUUGUGCCGCAUAAUUUUACAAUAUCAGAUCGUGAAGAGGAACAUCGUUUAUGGUAUUUUCGUGAAGAUAUGGGAGCAAAUUUACAUCAUUGGCAUUGGCAUUUAAUUUAUCCAUUUGAAACAAAUAGCCGUGAAAUAGUAAGAAAAGAUCGUAGAGGAGAAAUAUUUUAUUUUAUGCAUCAACAAAUUGUUGCGCGUUACAAUAUGGAACGUUUCAGUAAUGAUUUACCCAGAGCAAAAACAUUUUCAAAUCUUCGUGAGCCUAUUGUUGAAGGAUAUUUUCCAAAAAUUAAUGCACUUUUGUCAAACCAAGCCGCUCCCCCACGUUUACCUGGGACUCAAUUGCAGGAUAUUGAUAUACCGGUUGAACAAUUGCGCGUUGAUAUAUCUAAUUUAGAAUUAUGGAGAGAUCGAUUUCUUGAAGUAAUCGAUAAAGGAUAUUUUAUUGAUGAAUAUGAAAAUAAAUUUCCUCUUGAUGAUGUAACAGGCAUUGAUUAUUUAGGUAAUAUAAUGGAAUCGUCAAUAAUAUCACCAAAUCGUAGAUACUAUGGUGAUUUACAUAAUAUGGGUCAUGUUUGUAUAUCAUAUUCACAUGAUCCACAACAUCUUCAUUUGGAAUCUUUUUCUGUUAUGGCUGAUUCAGCUACAGCUAUGAGAGAUCCUAGUUUUUACCGUUGGCACAGUCAUAUAGAUGACUUAUUUGAAUAUUAUAAAGCAAAACUACCAAAAUAUAAUGAGCAACAAUUAGGUUAUAAAGGAAUUAUUGUAAAUGAUAUUUUAGUUGAAACUCCAAAUGAAGCUCCAAACACAUUACAUACAUUUUGGCAACAAUCUGAUAUUAAUAUAGGAAGAGGUGUUGACUUUGCCCCUCGUAGUGGUGAAAUUUUUGCAAGAAUUACGCAUCUUCAACAUCAUCCUUUCACGUACACAUUUAAGGUAACAAAUAAUAACGAUUUGGUAAAAUUUGGAACAGUUCGUGUUUACUUAGGUCCAAAAUAUGAUGAAAAUUCCAAAAAAAUGAAAUUUAAUGAAAAUCGUAGAUUUAUGUGUGAAAUGGAUAGAUUUAAAGUGCAACUUCAUCCUGGGGAAAACACUAUUAAGCGUCGUUCAAAUGAAUCAGAUUUGACAACAAACUUUGAAAAUACCUUUCGAAAUUUAAGUGAAGCUAGAUCUGGUGAUGGUGGUCCAGAAGAGUUGGAGGAAAAUUUCUGUGGUUGUGGUUGGCCUGAUCAUUUAUUGGUACCAAAAGGAAAUGAAAAAGGUUUUCAAUGUGAAUUAUUUGUUUUUAUAUCAAAUUAUGACGAUGAUAAGAUUGAACAAGAUCUUGUUGGACAGUGUACGACUGCUACUGUCUUCUGUGGCCUUCGUGAUCGUAAAUAUCCAGAUAAAAGGCCAAUGGGAUUUCCAUUUGAUCGUCCAGCAAAUGAAAAUGUUGAAACAUUUGAUGAUUUUCUUUUAUCAAACAUGAAAAUGGAAGAUGUUAAAAUUUUCCACAAAAAUGUUAUAACAUCUAGACCAGAAACCAAGAAAAAGGAUAAAAAUAUAUAA